AAUUUUGCGUCGUUCAGUUGCUUUCGUGCGCUUGGAGCUUUUGUUUGAUUUUCGUGCGUUGUUGUGCGGCAGCGCGUGCGGUUUGCUGGCCCACCACAACUACUAAGUUACAUACAUACGUGCACACACACACACUUCUAUACAAUACAUACAUAACUAAACGGAAAAAACGCUACACAAAAACCUUUUUGCAACGAAAUCAUUUUCAUAACUUAAUUGACUAAAGAACUUGGAAAGCAAAAAACUACAAAAAGCAUUUGGAAAAGCCGCGCUUCGUUUUUGGGGUUGGAGAAAACGUUUUUAUUUAAGUUUAAUAUCACAGAGCUGCACCCGCCAUAAAUAAAUACCUAAUUCGAGGGAGAGAGAGCACAACCCGACAAAGGGUCCACCCAAAGUGGGUUAACUAACCCCUACGACCCACCACCCACACCCAUCCGCCAACAUCAUCAUCAUCAUUAGCAGCAUCCCCCUUUUCUAUAAAAGGCUUCAAUAUGGAUGAUGAUCAGCAAUUUUGUUUGCGCUGGAAUAACCAUCAGAGCACGCUGAUUAGUGUAUUCGAUACACUGCUGGAGAAUGAGACUCUAGUCGAUUGUACGCUAGCCGCCGAAGGAAAGUUUCUCAAGGCCCACAAGGUGGUGCUAUCAGCAUGCAGUCCCUACUUUGCGACCCUACUCCAAGAACAGUACGACAAGCAUCCCAUAUUUAUACUCAAGGAUGUCAAAUAUCAAGAACUGCGAGCCAUGAUGGAUUAUAUGUAUCGUGGCGAAGUAAAUAUCUCGCAAGAUCAAUUGGCCGCUUUGCUCAAGGCUGCCGAAUCGCUGCAGAUUAAAGGUCUAUCCGAUAAUCGUACUGGCGGCUCAUCGGCUGCAUCCCAGCCAAAGCCAGAGGCCACUCAGCAACAUCAUCGCGGUGGCAAAUUGAGUGGAGCGUAUACCUUGGAGCAAACUAAGCGUGCACGUUUGGCCACUGCGGGAGCAGGUGCCGGACUGGAUGCCAGUGCAGAUAUUUCCGGUUCACGCGAGGGCUCAUCGAGUCCGUCGCGUCGUCGUCGAAAAGUCAGACGUCGCAGCAUGGAGAAUGAUGUCCAUGAUAAUUCCAAUUCGUCAGUGUUGCAACAAGCCGCCGCCUCCAAUCAGUCACUCCUCCAACAGACAAGCGCCGGCCUAGCCGUCUCUGCUUUGGUCAGCACCCAAUUGGCUAGCACCAAUGCGUCUCCUGCCGCCGCCGCUGCUGCUAACCAGCCAUUGACCAGCACCAAUUUAACCAAAAAGACUGAAAGCGCUAAACUAACAUCGACAGCAACUGCAGCAGUGGGUGGAGCGACAGCAGCAACAACAGAAACCAGCGAUGCCAUCAAUACCGAGAAUGUACAACAAGGCGGCGCCCAAGGCGUUAACGUGGAAGAUCAUGAAUCUGAUGCGGCGGCUUCAACUGGUGCUAGUCACACUGGUGUGGUCGUUAAACAGUUGGCCAAUGUCAUUGAAAGUAGCAACAAAUCCUCAUCAGCAUCCUCGGCAGCAGCAAAUCACAAACAGAAUAAGAAUAAAAACGAUAAUAGCGUCUCAUCGGUGGGAUCUGAAAUGGUAAUUGAACCUAAAGCCGAAUACGAUGACGAUGCCCACGAUGAGAAUGUUGAGGAUUUGACAAUGGAUGAGGAUGAUAUGACCAUGGAAGAGCUGGACCAAACGGCCGGCACCAGUCAGGGUGGCGAAGGAUCUAGUCAAAAUUAUGGAGCCUGGCAACAUGACAGAUCUCAGGAUGAUAUUGGACUAAUGGCCGCACAGGAUGCACAGCAGCGGGAUCCUCAAGAUUUGAGCAGAAAAGAGAAUACAGCUCCCGAAAUCCAGAGAAUUCAUCCUCGAAGCAUUUUAAAUGGCAAUCUACAGAGAGAACAUGAGAAUCAAAUGGCUGGAACACGUCGCAAACGUUUAUCCGUAUCGGAAGUAUCGGAUAUGUUGUUUGAAUUCUACAAAACCAAAUCGGCAAAGGUUCCGAAACAACAGGAGUUAAGUAGCGAACUAAUUGGUAAAUAUGGCCAAAUAUCGCCUACUUCGGCUGAGACUUUGGAACCCUCGAGCAUUGCAGCCAUUGCAGUUUAUGGCGCUGCCUCUGAGACGGCUUCAAAAAACUUGAAUGCUGAUGAAAUGUUGGGUGCUGCCGCUGGUAAUGCAGCAUUUCAUCCGCGACUCAAGUACACUCUAAAGUCAACAGCGGCCGCCCCCAUUGACCAGGUUGGAAUGGUUGGGGGUGGUGGUAUAACAGCCAUACCAACUUCGGUUUUGGUUUCGAAUACAGCGGCUACCGCCGCUAGGCCCAAUCCUAAGCCACAGGCAGCUGCUAUAGCAGAGGCCUUGAUACGGAAUGGCAUGCAUAGCUUCCAGCAACAGUUGCGAGCCCAGGAAAUAUUGCGUCAACAGACUCCACAACGUCGUCCGAAAGAUGAACCCGAAUUUACUGGAGUAGGAGUGGGAGCAACAGCAGAUAUAACUCCAACAAAGAUAUUGGAGAAUCUUUUACGCAAACAGCAAGAACGCGAUUUGCGCAAUUCAGAGUGUGAGAAUGAUCCUGGCUCCUCAACUGAGGAUGAAGAUGAUAAUCGAUAUCAGGCAUUCGACGAUAUUCACCUUAUGGACCAACAGCAACAGCAGCAGCAACAGCCAUCGCUGAAUCUCUUUGGCGGUUCGACCAACUCAAUUCUAGAUGCCCAGGCACAGGCUUUGCGGAAUCUGGAGUUCACCUUGAGUGAUUAUGGUGGGAGCAGCAGCAACGGCAGCACCACAAGUCCCAAUGGCAUUGGCCUGGAUGGAGAACCUGUCUACGAGUGUCGUCAUUGUGGUAAAAAAUAUCGUUGGAAGUCCACCCUGCGUCGCCAUGAGAAUGUUGAAUGCGGUGGCAAGGAGCCAUCACAUCAGUGUCCUUAUUGCCCAUAUAAAUCAAAGCAGCGCGGUAAUUUGGGUGUACAUGUACGUAAACAUCAUACUGACUUGCCCCAAUUGCCUAGCAAACGUCGCUCCAAAUACUCUAUGAAAUGUGAACAGGGCAUGGAUAUGGGAAUGGGAUUAGGCAUGAGCAUGGCCGUUAGUAGUGGCUCCAUUUCGGAUGAUUCACAGGGCAAACUCAUUAUAGACUGCAACAAGUGAAAAGUAGAGAGAAUUAAUAUAUGGAAUCUAAAGUGCGAAAUGAUACCAAAAAAACUGAAAAUGUUUAAUCGGGUCUGAAACAACUCCAAAGCGUGAUUUCGUCAAAUUUGCCAUAACUCAAGAAAUUUAAUAUUAGUUUUAAAAUAAAUAAUCGAUUAAAUUGCUUUUUUACACCAUUUUGUUUUGACGGAAUCCAGGAAUUCGUUAGAAUCAGGCCAAAUAUAUAUAGAGAUUCCAAGAGAUUCUUCCAUUUAAUAUUUUGAUGUUCAAUUUUAAUUUGUUUGUCUGACAACUCAGACUUUUAAUUGUCUACUUAUUUCUUGUCAUUAUUUUGUGUCAUCCCAAAUGAAUAAUUUUUAUGUUUCUUAUUUUAUUUAAGCAAGUGCAACUCAAUCUAAUCAUGGCAACAUAAUCAAAUUAAUUUUUAAGAAAAAAUCAAUCACAAAACAAAAAAAAAAAGCCAAACAAAAAAAAUUAAGACAUGAUUAUUAAUUUUACCAUUUAAGUGCCAGGAAAUUGUCCUACCUAGAAUUAUAAGAACAUUUUUAAUAUAUUAAGAAAUUAUGUCAACCUACUUACAUACAUACAGUUCAGAGAUAUCUCGUAUAUUAAAUAAUUUCACAAAAAGAUAUUUAAAUGGAAAUGUUAAAGACUAUCCCACAAAAAAAUCUUGCCCUUAAAAGAAAAAAACGAUCUCUGAACUUUCCAAGACUACGAUCUCCCAAAUUCAUUUUCAUAUACUCAUUAUUUUUGACUGAUUUAGUUAAUUAAGGGAAAUGAUUCACACAAUUCCUCGAUUCCCAAUCCAAAAAGCAUUCUUUUCGUAUUUAUUGACAUUUUAAGACUGACAAUUUAUAUAUCUUAUUACCAAAAAAAAAAAAAACUAAAAACAAAAAAAAAAAACCAAUACAAAGAUUAUUGAACCCAUUUAUACAAAACAAAAAAAGACUCCCAAACCAAAAAAAACCAAACAAUUUUAUAAUCCAAAUGAAUUUUAUUGUCAUAUUUUAUCAAUUAUUAUAUUAUAUAUAUUUAUAUUUAUAAGAUUUUAUUGCUGCCAUUUUUAUGUUAACGAGAGCUCAAACUUAAGAUGAUAUUUUCCUACAAAUAAUGAUCAUCCAAAUUAUCGAACUGAAAGAAGGCAGUGAAACUGCGCCAAAUGCAAAAAGUAACGAAGACAAGACACAAUUUUUUUAUAAUAAUCGUUUUAUACACAUACAACGUACAUAUAAAGUUUAUAUAUUAUAAUUAAAACGCAAUUUUUGUAACCUUUGUAGUAGUAAUA